AUGGAUUACUCGUCUCUUCCUCAUGACCCCGAACAUCCCGACGGCACAUCUCCGUGGGGCUCAACUUUACCUCGAGUCGAUAGGACGUUCCCCGCAUCUGAGGUUGCCCCGUCUCCAUUACCACCACAAGGGUCUCCGUAUGGAAUAGACAAUGAAGGGCAACAGCAGGAAGAGUUCUCUACGCAGGACCGAUCUGAACGACCCCAGAGUCCUCAGAUCGAAGACCAAAGCCAUGGAGAACGUCCCGCUCAACCAACAAGCCCCACAGAGCAUGAUCCGCCGCAGCGAGCACAGGUUUCGGCAAGACAUCAAACCGGAGCAAGAACUAAAGUACGGCAAAAUGCCCCACAGUACAAAUUACAAGCGAAGAUUACGGGUUUGGAAAGAACUGGAAAAAAAGAUCCUAUCUUAAGAUUUGAUGUCCACACGAACAUACCAAAAUUCCGGACAACUCAAUUCCGCGAUGUUCGUCGAACCCAUUCCGAGUUCGUUAAACUUGCCGAUCAUUUGAUAUCCUCCAACCCUGAAGCGAUUGUUCCUGCGGUUCCUGCGCCAUUGACCUCGGCUGGUGCUGGAACGGAUGAGGAUGAGAUCCGGGUAAAGGCAUCAAUGCAGAGAUGGCUCAACUACGUCUGUGCAAAUGACGUUCUGAUUCAGGAUGACGAGGUGAUCCUUUUCGUUGAGAGUGAUUUCGGCUAUAGCCCAGUUGUUCGAAUGAAGCAACCAGCCACUGGAGUUAGGAGGAAGGUGCUGAAACAAUUCGCUCCUCCACCGGACGACACACCCGAACUCCAAGAUGCGCGACCUGUUGUUAAGUUGUUUUAUUUGGGCACCAUGGAUGCUGGUCAGAAGGUCGACCGUGUCGUGAAGGCAAGACGAGGUCUUGGGCUGGCGGAAUCAGAUCUAGGUGUAAAAAUUGGUCACAUGCAUGUCCAAGAGACCCACCCUGGGCUUACCAAUGCCUACCGCAAACUUGGAAAAAUCAUCCAAACAGUAGGCGACUUCCACGCAGCACAAGGAACCGCAGAAGCCACUACACUAGGUGACCCUUUAAACUACCACUCAUCCGACGCCUUUAUCGUCAAGGAGACCCUAACGAAUCGACACAUCCUGCUCCGGGAACUUAUACAAGCCCAGCAAACGGCGCGAAGCAAACGUGCCGCCGCGGACAGGUUAAAAGUGAGCACCUCCGUCCGAUCAGACAAGGUUGAUGAAGCCAUCAGCGCCCUUGAGGAUGCCCAGGGCCACGAGGAAUACCUAAUCAAGAAAACACAACGUGUAACUACCAACCUCCUGCAAGAAAAGCGCCGCUGGUUCAAACGGACAACAUCCGACAUGCUUCUCAGCAUUCGCGAAUAUACCCUGCGAGAAAUAGAAGCUGAGCGCCGCACUCUUAGCACACUUGAAAGCGUCCGCCCGGACAUCCGCGCGAUUGAUUCCUCUGGCGGCCUGAGCCGUCUGGGUCGGGAGUCUCAUCCUGCAGCUCGUCGGGCCAGUCUGGCUGCAAGCCAGGGUCCCAAAGGUGAUUCGUGGAGUGGUGUACCGAGACGUGGUGACAGUUUAAGUAGAAGCAUCAGUGGCGGUUUCGUUUCACCAAUCCGCGAGGAUGAUGCGGAGGUCAAUGGUGGCAAAACACUCAACCGCGCGCUUAGUGUAUCUGGAAUGAUUGGGCUACCCGAGGAAGAAGAUGAUGAUAGAGUCGAUGCUAAAAAUGCAGCGAAUCGCCUCGCUACCAGUACGUUUUGA